UCCUCCAAAGAAAAAAGGGUCCUUAAAACUGGAAUUAGAUUUUUCGAGGAUGCGGGAAAAAGAUGGUGGAGGCUAAAAAAUUCAAACAACAAGACAGUGAGUGAGCUAUUUCUUGAGAAACCAAAGUGUACUGAGUUCUCCUGUGAAACUCGAAUAGCUAAAAACUGUGAAGAUUUUGGGUUCAAAGCAAAGCAUCUCCUUCCGAUCUUCACUACUUGGCCACACCAAAACAUGUCGGUGCAAGAGUACCUUGACAAGCACAUGCUCUCUCGCAAAAUCGAAGACGCCGUCAAUGCCGCCGUCCGAGCGAAAACUCCCGAUCCUGUCCUCUUCAUCUCUAAUCAUAUGAAAAAAGCGGUUCCUUCAGUAAUAAUGAAAGUAAAAGCUCGGCAGGUUCUCGAUAGCAGAGGAGUUCCUACUGUUGAAGUUGAUUUGUUCACUAACAAAGGAAUGUUUCGUGCUUCUGUACCUAGCGGCGACUCAACGGGAUUGUAUGAGGCUGUUGAACUAAGAGAUGGGGACAAGGGAACAUAUCUUGGAAAUGCUGUGACAAAAGCUGUUAAGAACAUAAAUGAGAAAAUAUCUGAAGUAUUGGUUGGUAUGGAUCCAACGGUUCAGCUACAAAUUGAUCAGGCCAUGAUAGACUUGGACAAGUCCGAAAAGAAGAAUGAACUUGGAGCAAAUGCUAUAUUAGCUGUGUCAAUCGCUGCAUGCAAAGCUGGGGCUGCUGAAAAGGAGGUUCCACUUUACAAACACAUAGCCGAUCUUUCUGGUCAAACCAACUCAAUCCUUCCUGUCCCUGCCUUCACAGUUAUCAGCGGUGGAAAACAUUCUGGUAAUGGUCUGCCCAUUCAGGACAUCAUUAUUCUCCCGACAGGAGCAGGCAGAUUUGAGGAAGCUUUACAAAUGGGCUCUGAGACCUAUCAUCACUUGAAGGCUGUUAUUACAGAAAAAUAUGGUGCAAAUGGAUGUAAUGUUGGUGAAGAUGGUGGCUUCAUUCCUAACGUCUCCAGUGUUAGAGAAGGAUUGGAUAUUGUCCAAGAAGCUAUCAGCAGAACGGGAUAUAGUGACAGAAUAAAGAUAGGAAUUGAUGUUGCCGCUACUGAUUUUUGCAUAGGUACAAAGUAUGAUUUAGAAUUCAAAUCUCCAAAUAAAUCUGGAAAAAAUUUCAAGUCAGGAAAGGAUAUGAUUCAGAUGUACAAAGAACUUUGCACUGAUUAUCCAAUUGCAUCUAUUGAAGAUCCCUUUGACAAGGAAGAUUGGGAACACAGCAAAUAUUUUUGCAGUCUUGGACUAUGUCAGGUGGUUGGUGAUGACUUGUUGAUGUCAAAUCCAAAGCGCAUUGGGCGGGCAAUACAGGAAUCUGCUUGCAACUCUCUUCUUCUCAAGAUAAAUCAGAUUGGAACUGUGACAGAGGCUGUUGAAGUGGUAAAGAUGGCAAAGGAAGCCCACUGGGGAGUGGUGGUAUCUCAUAGAUGUGGGGAAACUGAUGAUUCUUUCAUCGCAGAUUUAGCAGUUGCCCUUGGUGCGGGCCAGAUCAAAGCAGGUGCUCCUUGCAGAGGAGAGCGGUUGGCUAAGUACAACCAGUUGCUCCGAAUCGAAGAAGAGCUCGGGGAUCAAGCAGUGUAUGCUGGCGAAGACUGGAGACCAUCAUGUUGAUUGUUCUUAUGGGGUGGGUUAUACUAGCAUUUCUUCUUUUCCUCUAUGGUUUGAGCCUCUGAAAUAGUUUACCCUAUGUAUUUAACAAUUUGUUCAACGUUCGCAGUUUUCUGCUCUUUUUGCUUCUCCCCUGGAGUCUCCCACGCCACCCUCCUUUUCUUUUGGUGGUGAUGAGAGCCUUUAAAAUGCUUUUGAAGUCGGAAGAAUAUAAACAACACAUUAUUCAGUGAAUGGGCUUGAAAUAUAGAAAAUUUUGAAUUGCUAGAUAGGGGUUGACGCAAGUGGUUAAGGAUUAGGGUCUGGAUACAAAAUAUUCAGAUUCAAACUGUGAACUCUUGCAGUCUUUUAUUGAUAGGUAAUUUAUAAAUUCGAAAAGUCUUAAAAAAUUCGUAAAUCUCAUUUAAAGUUAGUGACUUGU